AUGGAGCUGCAUAUGUUCUUUCUCGCCAUCACUGCAGUUUUAUCCACCGAGAGUAAAAACCCGCCUCAAACUUCCAUCUAUCCUAGAGAUGAUGUGGUUGUGAGUGUAGAAAACACCCUCAUCUGUCAUGUGACUGGAUUCUUCCCUCCACCUGUGAGAGUCUCUUGGUCUAAGAACAAUGUGAACGUGACAGAGAAUAUAACUUUGAGCCAGUAUCGCCCCAGUAGUGAUGGCACCUAUAACCUCUUCUCCAUGCUGAAGAUCAUUCCAUUGGAAGGAGAAACUUACAGCUGCACUGUGAACCACAAAGCCCUCCAGCAGCCUCAAACCAAAAUAUGGGAUGUAGAAGCUGUCCUGCCCGGUAUUGGCCCAUCAGCGUUCUGUGGAGUGGGUCUGACUCUAGGCCUGUUUGGAGUGGUGACAGGAGCCUACUUCUGCAUUAAAGCACACACCAGCAAAUCAAAUAUGGAUGCUAAUAAUCAAAUAUUAGAUACAGUUUAG